AUGAACCCAACAAUCAACGCUAUUCCCAUAGGGGUUUCGCUGGACCAUCCCCUCGGCAAUCUCGACGAACUCAUCAACAGGGUCCGCACAUUAGUUCAGACGACGGCUCUCAACGGUACUUCUAGAGAUGACGGCAUCGACAGGGUCUUAGCAGGAUCGACAUAUGAUCCCAUUGUUCCAAUCUUCUUCCGCUGCACUUGGCCUUAUGGUUCGCAAACGCGCCAUAAACUGAUCUGGAUGAAACCUUCCAUCCCGGAAGCAGAUUUUGGCCGCGAGAUCACCAGAAAUUUCAAGUUCAAUGAGACUGGUGGCGCAGUUCGACAAAUGCCUGCUACCUUUGUUGGAUGUAGCCCCUUCAGCUCGGGUGAAAAGCACUACGUCGAGGCUCGCAAGAGACUAAAUUGCGAGUUCGAUAAGGAAAUAGGCCCUACCAACCAGCAACAUAUCACGAUGCUGGCAUACACGAUGAGUGGUUUCUUCGAAAUGUUUGUGGAGCCGUUGCAGGAUAGAGCGAAGUGCUUCCUUUGCCGCCAACCCUGUCUACUGAGAUCGGAGAGUAGGGAUCGUAUAAGCGUACUGGUAAUGGGGCAAGUGAUUACGUGCGCAGAAUGCGCAGAAAAGCAUGAAGCUGUGGAGAUACAGCGCUUGGGAAGGAAGUGGAGUCUCGCCGUUAUGUACAGCCUGGCGCAACAGCAUGUUCUGGCUAGCUCCCUAAAGUACACGCUAAACUUGGGAACAGCGGAAUAUGACUCUUUGUAA